GGGAGGAGGGAGGGAAAGGAUGAUAGGGAAGGGCACAUGGGGAAAAAAAAAUAAAGCAGCCUUUUGAGGUUGUGUGGGAGGAAAAGGCCCGAAGGGAGGUGCCCGUAGUAGGUAGUGUUCGAGUAUAUUGAUUUUGCCACAGACCCCGGGGAAGCUCUAGCAAAACUCUGAAAAACAGCACCGUCCCCUUCAAAAACAUUCCGUCUUCCCUAGAGCUUCCUGGAGUCGCCGUCGGUCGCAUCCUGAAGUUUUAUACCUGUUUUCGAUCCUCGCCCAUUCUCCUGUCGCUUUCCGUAACUUUGGAUUGGGGAAGCUCUUGUGUGCCGCACAAAGCUCUUGAGAAACAACAACAUCUCUCCUUGUUGGGGAUUCCACGCACCCACACGCAACCAACGCAGCCAUGCCGUCGACCAGGCCAAUCUUUGUGGCGACGCACCCGCGCGCCUGCUCGACCGCGUUCGAGAGGGUCUUUAUGACCCGGCGUGACAUCCUCGAGUGCGCCCACGAGCCGUUCGGGGACGCCUUCUACUUUGGCCCCGAGAGGCUGUCGUCCAGGUACGAGGCCGACGAGGCCGCUAGGGCGUCGAGCGGCUUCUCGGGCGUCACGUACAGGGACGUGCUCGACGGCCUCAAGUCGUCCGUCCCGGAGGGCAAGAGGCUGUUCAUCAAGGACAUCACCCAUUACCUCUCGCCGCCGGACGGGAAGGCGGCGACAGCCGCGCCCUCGCUGGCCCGGGGUCAUGCCAGCGGAGCCAAUGGCGUCAAUGGGGCCAACGGGGUGACGAACGGCAGCAACGGUACUCACACCAAUGGUGCUCAUACCAAUGGCACUCAUACGAAUGGCACCACCAACGGCACCACCAACGGCACCACCAACGGCACCACCAACGGCACCAACGGCACCAACGGCACCAACGGCACCAACGGCACCGCCGGCCACAAGCUGGAGAACCCGACCGUGCUGCCGCUGGAGGAGCUCCGCAAGUUCCACUUCACCUUCCUGAUCCGGCACCCGCGGCGGUCCAUCCCGUCCUACUACCGCUGCACCAUCCCGCCGCUGAGCGAGGUGACGGGCUUCGUCGACUUCAUGCCGAGCGAGGCCGGCUACCUGGAGCUGCGCUGGCUCUUCGACUACCUGCGCGGGGAGGGCGUCGUCGGCCCCGCGCGGGCCGGCGAGGACUCCGCCUCCGACUCCGACUCCGACUCCGGCUCUGGCUCUGAUUCCUCCCCCGUCACCAUCACGGUUGUCGACGCCGACGACCUGCUGGACAAGCCCGCCGCCGUCGUCGAGGCCUUUUGCCGCGAGGUCGGCAUCGACUACAGCCCCGACAUGCUCAGGUGGGAGGACGAGGAGAACCAGAGGUACGCCGUCGGGGCGUUUGCCAAGUGGAACGGGUUCCACGACGACGUCAUCAACAGCACCUACCUCAAGCCGAGGACUCACGGCUGUAAGUCGGCAACCACCGAGUCGGACAACAAGGAGUGGCUCGAAAAGUACGGCGAGAAGGGCCAAAAGAUCAUCCGGGACUGUGUCGACGCCAACGUGGAGCAUUAUGAGUAUCUCAAGUCGUUCGCCCUCAAGGUGUGAGGAGCGAGAGGUUGUAAUAACGGGCAAUGGGGCAUGAAAUCAUGCAAAGGGAGGAUAUCCGUGGGCAUGAUGCGCAGUCGUUUUUCAUAGGGUAGGUUGGUUGUACAUGAUCAGGCUUUAAUGCAUAGUAGAAUACAGGCUCUUUUCCCGCACUCUCACUCAUUACCCUCUGACCCUCAGGGGGGCUUUCCGAGUAAAUGCGCUCCCGUGAUCUCGCUUAUGCGGCACGAGAAUUCUCCUGACUUUGUGCAGCACUCUCGUCGGUGCUUGGUUCUGGAGA